AUCACGGCCAAUCAUCAGGACCGCGUCCGUCGAGUCCAGCGGUGACAAGAAGAGCGCUGGGAAUACGGGUUAUAUCAGUGCGUGUAUGUGAUUUAAUGUGUGUGUGAGAGAGACAGAUCGGAGAGAGAGAGAGAGCGAGAGAGAGAGAGAGAGAGCGCGCUCGCGCACGGCGUCCCCGUGACAGAAGCCGCUCUUCAGUGAAUCGGAGGCACGGAUGAGCGAUGAUGAUGGCGCUUUGACUUUUUUCAGGACAUAAUUUUAAACAACGCGCGCGCGCACACACACACAUAUAUAUAUACGGUAUAUAUAUGUGUAAGGGCGCGCUGCGGAGCGCGCGUCCCCGCCGCGGAGCCGCGCCGGUGGGAUGCACAUCAGUGUGCUGCCGUACUCGCUGUCCGUCGUAAUGGCCGCUCUGUACCAGGGUACGGACGCGUCCUCCCCGGACAAACACCUGGCGCUGAAGGACGUGCGCGAGGUGAAGGAGGAGACCACGCUGGACGAGAAGCUCUUCCUGCUGGCCUGCGAGAAAGGCGAUUACUACAUGGUGAAGAAGCUGCUGGAGGAGAAGAGCCGCGGCGAGCUGAACAUCAACUGCGUGGACGUGCUGGGCCGAGACGCGGUCACCAUCGCCAUCGAGAACGAGAACCUGGACAUCCUGCAGCUGCUUCUGGAGCACGGCUGUCAGUCCACUGACGCCCUGCUGGUGGCCAUUGACUCCGAGGUAGUGGGUGCUGUGGACAUCUUGCUGAAUCACCGGCCCCGCAGGUCCUCAAAGCCAUCCAUCGCAAAACUGAUGCAGCGCAUCCAGAACCCUGAAUACUCCACGACCAUGGAUGUGGUGCCGGUGAUUCUGGCUGCGCACCGUAACAACUACGAGAUCUUGACAAUGCUCCUGAAGCAGGAUGUCUCGCUGCCACGGCCACACGCGGUGGGCUGCGAGUGUACCCUGUGCAACGCCAAGAACAAGAAAGACAGCCUGCGACACUCAAGGUUCCGCCUUGACAUCUACCGCUGCCUUGCCAGCCCAUCCUUGAUCAUGCUGACAGAAGAAGACCCCAUCCUGAGGGCAUUUGAGCUGAGUGCUGACUUAAAAGAGCUCAGCCUGGUAGAGGUGGAGUUCAGAACCGACUAUGAGGAGCUGGCCAAGCAGUGCAAGAUGUUCGCCAAGGACCUGCUGGCCCAGGCACGCAACUCGCGGGAGCUGGAGGUCAUCCUCAACCACACAUCCAGCGAGGACCACGUGGACAAGAGGGGGCUGCUGGAAGAACGCAUGAAUCUUAGCCGUCUCAAACUGGCCAUUAAGUACAACCAGAAAGAGUUUGUGGCCCAGUCCAACUGCCAGCAGUUCCUCAACACGGUGUGGUUCGGGGAGACGGCGAGCUACCGGCGCAAACACACCUUCCUGAAGAUCUUAACGGUUUUAAGCGUCGUGCUGCUGUGGCCUGCGCUGUCCGUGUGCUACCUGCUGGUGCCUCGCUCGCGGGUUGGCCGCAUCAUCCACACUCCCUUCGUGAAGUUCAUAAUCCACAGUGCCUCGUACUUCACCUUCCUGCUGCUGCUCAACCUGUACUCGCUGGUCUACAACGAGGGCAAGAAGAACACCAUGGGCCCCGCCCUGGAGAUGAUCGACUACCUGCUCAUCCUAUGGAUAUUUGGAAUGGUGUGGUCGGACAUCAAGCGCCUGUGGUACGAGGGGCUGGAGGACUUCCUGGAGGAGUCCCGCAAUCAGCUCAGUUUCGUCAUGAACUCCCUGUACCUGGCCACUUUCACGCUGAAAGUGGUGGCUCACAGCAAGUUCAAAAACGUGGAGGAUACUGAGAGGAAGAACUGGGACGCAUUCCAUCCCAUCCUGGUGGCGGAGGGGCUGUUUGCCUUCGCCAACGUGCUGAGUUACCUGCGUCUCUUCUUUAUGUACACCACUAGCUCGAUCCUUGGGCCCUUGCAGAUCUCCAUGGGUCAGAUGCUGCAGGAGUUUGGCAAGUUCUUGGGCCUUUUCCUGCUGGUGCUCAUCUCCUUCACCAUUGGGCUCACACAGCUCUAUGGAAAAGAGGAGAAGGACCCUGUCCAGAGCAUUGAGAAGGACUGUGAGGGGAUUUUCUGCCAGCAGCAGAGCAAUGAGACCUUCCACACGUUCAUGGGCACAUGCUAUGCCCUCUUCUGGUAUAUCUUCUCCUUGGCCCACGUGCCACUCUUCGUCACAAGGAUCAGCUACACGGAGGAGCUGCGCUCCUUUGUGGGCGCGCUCAUAGUGGGCACCUACAACAUCGUGGUGGUCAUCGUCCUCACCAAGCUUCUAGUGGCAAUGCUGCACAAGAGCUUCCGACAGAUUGCUAACCACGAGGACAAGGAGUGGAAGUUCGCGCGGGCCAAGCUCUGGCUAAGCUACUUUGAUGACAAGUGCACCCUCCCACCCCCAUUCAACAUCGUACCGUCCCCCAAGACAGUGUGCUACUUGGUGACCAGCCUGAGCAAAUGGAUCUGCUCCCACACUUCUACGGGCAAAGUCAAGCGGCAGAACAGCCUCAAGGAGUGGAGGAACCUUAAACAGAAGCGUGAUGAAAACUACCAAAAGAUCAUGUGCUGCCUGGUUCACCGCUACCUGACCUCCACCCGGCAGAAGAUGCAGAGUAUGGACCAGGCCACCGUGGAGAACCUCAACGACCUGAGGCAGGACCUUUCCAAAUUCCGUAAUGAGAUGAGGGACCUCCUGGGCUUCCGUACUUCAAAGUACGCUAUGUUUUACCCUAGGAGCUAAACCCACUGUCCAGCCACUGCGUCUGCAGUCAGGUGUGACCCAGCAUGCUCAGAAGCUCUCCUUCCUUGCUUUAUACCACAAAAGGACUUUGAAUUUCAUCAGAAAUAUGAUAUUGAAAUAUCCCCCUUGCCGAUGCUCAAGACCUUGUACAAAUAUGCUCCCAUUAAGUCUUGUUUUCUAAAAGUGCUGUUCUUUACAACAAAAGUCAAAUAAAUAUUUGCAACAAAAAA